AUGAAAGGGUCUCGGGAAAUGGAGGAUCGGGUGGCACUGCCCGGCGGCAACGGCCUGCUGGACCUGCGAAAGAGCAGCCUGGAGGAGCUCCAGCUGGCCAGGAUUUACACACGCAACAGAACAGAGGUAGCAUUGGCACAAGGCUAUCUCAGCGAGGAGGAUGAUUCUGAUGCUGAUGAGGUUGACGGCAAGUUGUACACGGAGAAAUACUACCACGACAAUGGCAACCCCAAGUACUUUCGAACUUACCUCCGACUCCCUCCGACGGUCACACAGCGGGCAUGCGAGAGGGUGGUUGAAGAGAAGCACUUCGACGUGGACGGUGUAUGCCGUCUCGAUGUGCACUUUGCUCUGGGACAGCCUUUCCUGAGCCGCAAGCACUUCUACCCAAAUCAGCGGAUGAAGUCAGAAAAAUUGUUCUUUGUGGAGGACGAGCGGACGAUGCAAGCCAGAAAGGCUGGGCACUGGAGGGAGUACUACGAAGGAGGACAAGUCAAGUCCGAAAUUCAGUACGACGAGCAUGGAGUUCGAAACGGGUUCUGCAAAAGGUACGGGAUCGAUGGUUCGCAGGAGUGGGUCAAAGACUACACAAAGGAGUAUGGAGAGCGCAUUGCCGUGUUCAACGCGAAGCGAGGGAAGCUCUCGCUCAAUGCAGAAGAAGCUGCAUUCUUGCUGGGCUUUCCUGAAGGGUACGUUCCGAAGGACCGGAAGGAGGUGGACUCCUACUAUCGCAAGAAGUGCGCACCGCUGCACCCGGACAAGUCUCCUGAUCCGGAUGCGCACGAGCGAUUCUUGGAGGUGAGCCGGGCCCGAGAGGUCCUGAUCAAGUGGCUGGAACCUGAGAGGCCUGGGCCUUGA